AGAACGAGAGAGGAGAAAAGAAGAGGAGGAGGCGAGGGAUUCCAAUGCAGCACACGCGCGCGUCAAUGCGAGCAUCCUCUCGCUCGCUCCUCUCCAUCCCGCACGUCUCUCUGCUCCCUUCUCGGUAGUCGGCGCUCGCACCGGGACCGUGGAUUCCCGGGUGUCGCGGCUCGGCGCCCUCCUCCAGGGCUUGGGAGGAGCGCCGGGAACCACGUCCAGGUUUCUCCCGGGCUUCGUCAGCACCGCCGGCGAGAGCCACGGCUCGGAACGCCGGGAGAGACGCGGCUCGACCCGCUCCCGGAUGCCCGUGAUGCGGGGACUGAUGGCACCGCAGAACACCUUCUUGGACACCAUUGCCACUCGCUUCGACGGGACCCACAGCAACUUUGUGCUGGGGAACGCCCAGGUCCAAACGCUCUACCCCAUUGUCUACUGCUCCGAUGGCUUCUGCGAAUUGAGCGGCUUUGCCCGCGGUGAAUUAAUGCAGAAGAGCUGCACGUGUCACUUCCUGUACGGCGGCGAGACCAGCGACCAGCUCACCUGGCAGAUGCAGAGAGCUCUGGAUGAGCGGCGGGAGUUCAAGACUGAAAUUGUCCUGUACAAGAAGAGUGGUUCCAAGUUCUGGUGUCUGUUGGACAUUGUGCCCAUAAAGAAUGAGAAGAGUGAGGUGGUUCUGUUCCUGGUCUCGCAUAAGGACAUCACAGAGAACAAGGACCUGGACCAUGGCAAGCAGUCUGACACCGACGAGGAAACGGGCCUGGAGAUCCACCAGAUCACCCGCCCGGCGGACUUCGGCACGGAGCGCCGCCGAAGUCGGGCCGUCCUCUACCAGCUUUCGGGACACCUUCAGAAACAAGACAAGACCAAGAGCAAGCUCAAUAUCAACAAUAGUGUUCUGGGAGCAAACGCUAACCCGGUGCCGGAGUACAAAGUGGCAGACAUCCAGAAGUCGCGCUUCAUCCUUCUCCACUAUGGCGCAUUUAAGGCCGGCUGGGAUUGGCUGAUAUUGCUGGCGACUUUCUAUGUGGCCGUCACGGUGCCCUACAAUGUCUGCUUCGCAGCGGCGGAGGUGCGAGAGGACGGUGCGUCGACGGCGCGUACUCCACCCAGCGUCAGUGACAUCUUGGUGGAAAUUCUCUUUAUGAUCGAUAUCGUGCUGAAUUUCCGAACCACUUACGUGAGCACGUCCGGUCAGGUUGUGUACGACGCUCGCUCCAUUUGCAUUCACUACGUCACGUCCUGGCUCUUUGUGGACCUGAUCGCCGCUUUACCUUUCGACCUGCUCUAUGCUUUCAAUAUCAGCGUGAACUUCGGGGUACACCUGUUGAAGACUGUACGUCUCCUGCGUCUUUUGAGACUCCUCCAAAAGCUGGACCGCUACUCCCAGUACAGCGCCGUGGUCCUCACUCUGCUCAUGUCCACCUUUGCCCUGCUGGCCCACUGGAUGGCGUGUGUCUGGUACUUCAUCGGCCGCAGCGAGAUCGAAAGUAACAGCCCUGCCUCUUGGGACGUAGGCUGGCUUCAUGAGCUUGCCAAACGUUUGGGCACACCAUACUUCUUGGCACCACUGACCUCUCUACUAGGAGUUUCUGAUUUGCCUCAAGCCACCGUGACACCAGAACUGGUUCACUCCAGCCUGUGGAACAGCUCGGGCUCGGAGCCAUCGAACGGGCCGGGUUCGUUCGGUGCGACCCAAUGGAACGGCAGCAGGUCCCGUGCGAGCGGUGGUCCAUCUGUUCGGAGCUCCUACGUGACAUCGCUGUACUUUGCCCUGAGCAGUCUGACCAGCGUGGGCUUCGGCAACGUUUCAGCCAACACGGACUCCGAGAAGAUCUUCUCCAUCUGCACCAUGCUGAUUGGAGCAUUAAUGCACGCUGUGGUAUUUGGAAACGUGACCGCCAUCAUCCAGAGGAUGUACUCCCGCCGCUCCCUGUACCACACCCGCACCAAAGAUCUGAAGGACUUCAUCAGAGUGCACCGGCUCCCCAAAGCACUUGAGCAGCGUAUGAUGGAGUGUUUCCAGACAACCUGGUCUGUCAACAAUGGUAUCGACGUCAGUGAGCUGCUGAAGGACUUCCCAGAUGAGCUGAGGGCUGACAUUGCCAUGCACCUGAAUAAGGAGCUGCUGCAGCUGUCGCUCUUUGAGUCAGCCAGCAGGGGAUGCCUGCGCUCCCUCUCGCUCAUCAUUAAGACGUCCUUCUGUGCUCCCGGGGAAUUUCUAAUCCGUCAGGGCGAUGCCCUCCAAGCCAUCUACUUUGUGUGCUCUGGCUCCAUGGAAGUGCUGAAGGACAGCACUGUCCUCGCCAUUCUGGGAAGAGGUGACCUGAUUGGCUCUGACUGUCUGACUCAGGAAGAAGUGAUUAAGACCAACGCCUGUGUGAAGGCUCUGACGUACUGCGACCUGCAGUAUAUCAGCCUUAAAGGACUGCGCGAGGUUCUCUGCCUGUACCCUGACUACGCCCAGAAGUUCCUUACAGAGAUCCAGCACGACCUAACGUACAACCUCAGGGAGGGACACAGCGCGGAGGCCGACUGCGAGACCAACGGAGGACUCGUGAAGAAGCUUCCGUCCAUCAAGGAGGAUGAAGAAGGCUCAAACUCUGAGGAGGACCGCUCACCUCUCCCAAAGAUACUUCCGCUGGUCAGACCGGGCCGAGGCCUACGCUCGCCCCUGCGCUCCCCGCCGAGACCCUUCAGACCGGCGAGCGAUCGCGCUCGGUCUGCCGGCCUGCAGAUUCCUACCUUGAGCUUCAGCUGCCUGCAGCCAGAGCUUAGCCCUCGCUUUGUAGAUGGCAUCGAAACUGAAAAGCAGAGCAAUCCAGACACAAACUUUGAUUUCCCUCCCGGGCCCGAUUCAGCCACAGGGGAACACAAUGUCGACGGCACGAUGCAAGCGAUCGCAAAGUUCAAACACGAGAUGAAGGUUCUUUCUCAGCAGCCCCUCCACCCUGUUGACACCCAGCGCCGUAACGCCACCUCCCAGCGUUUCCUCACCCACUGGUGUUUUCUAGCCAGCGCGCAGAGGAGCCGCAUCUUCAGUGCGCCGUCGGCUCCUCCGCUCGGCGUGAAGGGAUUGGGCGGUCGCAGGAGCGCACGCGCAGCAGAGUUUCACCCCCUUCGCCUUUCCAAUUCACGACUCAUCGCCUCCACCGAUCCCGCAGCCGGGUCUCCUUGCUCGGCUCUGCCAUUGCUUCACAGCUCUCUGCAUGAGCAAAAGCUAAUGCCGCUUCCCUCCUGGUCUUCCUCCAUCCCCUCGCCCUCAUCCACCCGCGCACCCCUUUCUGCCGGACCUAUCGGCACCAAGUAUUGAGCCGCCGUCCCGCGGCCCGUCCCGAUUUCGGAUCCGCCCUUUCUGCCGCUCUCGCCCCCGGCCGUCGUUCUCGGCACGUACGCUCUCACCUCCCAAGUGUGAGGCGUGGGCCACACGUCGGCGCUGGACUGGCA